GUGGAAGACUUCGGCUUGCGGCCAGGGAGCAUCUGUUUUUUAGUGGCAUGCAGCCAUGGCGGUCAUUGGCCCCGCCCCGCUGCUGAGACACGAUGCCAGCGGAGGCCUGCAGAUCCAGGAGGAGGGCCUCACGGUGCUGCGCCGGGUAGGUGCGCCGCUGCACGUGGUCUUCACGAUCGGCGGCAGCCGCUGUGGCAAGAGCACAGUGUGCAACGCGCUGCUGCACGGGCAAGAUGCCGUGGGCAGGCAGGGCUUCCAGACGGGGAGCUCCUUCGAUCCUGUGACCCACGGGGUGGACGUGGCGGCCAAGAAGCUGCCGGGGGGCGGGUCCCUGGUGCUCGCGGACUGCGAGGGCGCCUUCCACAUCUGCGGGUCCACGAUGAGCGCCCGGGGCUUCGGCUCUGUGGGGCUGCUGGCGUAUCACCUCAGCUCUGUGGUGGUGCACGUGACCAUGGGAAGCAUUGACGAGCGCGACAUCGAGGCGCUGGGGCACCUGGCAGCCACGGCGCCGGAGACGGAGCCGCCCAACGGGUCCCCAGAGCUGCUGCUGCUGGUGAAUGGCGCUCGCUUCGAGCUGGGUGACGCGGUGGCCCGGCGGCUCCUGCAGCCCCAGCCCGGCGCGGGGCGGACGUGCGCCCGGGGCGCCAUCGCCGCCGCCUUCCGCGAGCGCCCGGCUUUGGAAGCACUGCCCUGCUGCGAGCACGACGCCUACUGGCCCAAGGUGGAGGAGUUGCGGCGGCGGAUCCUGUCGGUGCCGGCGGUGGCACAAGGCAUGGGAAAGGCCUCGGGGAGCCAGUUGGCGGAACGCCUGGAGCGGCUCGUGGCGGCCAUGUCUGGGAAUACAGGCCCGGCGACUGACCCAGUGUCCGCGGCUGAGCAGGCCAUGCGGAGCUUGCACUUGGACCCCCUGGUGGAGGAGAUAGCCAAGAAGUUCACAGCAGCCGCGAGCAGCGUGCGGGAGGAGCCCGGCAGCCCCAGCAGUCCCGGCAGCCAGUGCGACCAGGACGCCCUCGCAGUCGAGGAGGCCUUAGCGGAGUUCGACCUCCGCUCUGCCUGGCUUGAGGGCGAUGUGCUGCCCAAGGAGGUGCUGGGGGCGGUGCGCCAGCGCUUGCGGGCGCGCCUGGAAGGCAUCGCGGAGGCGGUUCAGCGGGGGCGUCGGGAGAGCCGGAGGCUGCGGCAGGCUGCGCGGUUCAAAGGCACCCCCUCCAAGCUCGAGCGCUCGCUGCUGUCGGAGGAUCUCAGGA